AUGUCGACAAUCUCAACAUCCUCAGCCACCGCAGGCCGUAAGCGGCGCAGUGACACGGCAGUGGUCACUUCCUCCUCUGCCACCACUGCGGCUGGAAUUCCGACCUCCUCCAACUCCAAAGGGUCCAAAUUAACGGUCCGAAUCAAAAGACAUCAUGCUGUGGCGCAAUGGGUCUGGGGAAACCAUGAUCCCAAUGAAGUUUGUGGUAUUUGUCAAUCUGCUUACGAAGGUGUUGCCCCUGGAGGAAGAUGGCCGGGGGAGGAUUGUCCCGUUGUAUGGGGAAAAUGCUCACACAGCUUUCAUCUACAAUGUGUCGUCACUUGGCUCAAUGGACCCACGGCCCGAGGAACAUGUCCUAUUUGCCGGCAAGAAUGGGCGCUCGAAGAAUCACCGUCUGGAAACUAA